AUGACUGCACCGCUUAGAACUCUGGGUCGGGAUGGCCCCCAAGUCUCACCGGUUGGACUUGGCAUGGGAAGCAUCGGUGGCUUCUAUGGAUCUGCAGGUUGUAUAGACGACAGAGUAGCACUGCUGGAUCAUGCCCACGCAACUGGGUUAAGAUUCUGGGACCUAGCCGAUGUUUACCUCGACAGUGAGGAUGUCGUCGGCGAAUGGGUCAAACGAUCCGGCAAACGCGACGAGGUGUUUAUAGCCACAAAAUUCGGGAUGCAUCACGGAACCAACGGUAUCCAAAUAUCUCGUUCGGAUGCGGAAUAUGCCCAAAUUGCAUGCGAGAAAAGCCUGCAAAGACUGGGAGUUGAGACGAUUGAUCUUUAUUACUGCCACCGGGUGGAUGGUGUUACGCCCAUCGAAAAGACCAUAGAAGGCAUGGUGGAACUGAAAAACCAAGGAAAGAUUCGGCAUAUUGGAUUAUCUGGCGUUUCACCCGCUACUCUACGCCGGGCGCAUGCAGUGCACCCAAUCGCGGCACUUCAAAUGGAGUAUAGUCUCUUCUGCCUAGAGAUCGAGUUGCCCGAUUCAAUGAUCUUAAAGACUUGCCGUGAGCUAGGCGUUACCAUCGUAGCGUACUGCCCAAUUGGUCGGGGUAUCUUGAGCGGUCAAUUCCAAUCUCGCGCAGACAUCCCAACGAAUGAUCUCCGCCUAAUGUUGCCCAAAUACUCCGAGAAGAACUUCCCCAAGAUCAUGCAAAUAGUGCAGAAACUGAAGGAUGUAGGUGAGUACCAUGGACGCACGCCGGCACAAAUUGCUCUUGCGUGGCUUUUGGCGCAAGGUCCAGACAUCAUACCCAUCCCUGGUACGAAGUUGACAGAGAGGAUGGAUGAGAAUGCGGCUUCUGCGCUUGUCAAUUUGAGCGACGAUGAGGUGCGAGGUAUUAGGCAUGUUGUUGAGCGAAAUAUCAUUGAAGGCACUCGAUAUGCUGCUGCUGUUAUGGCUCAGCUUCAAGAGGAUACCCCGGAACUGUAA